AUGUUGGUACUUUCGCACUCCAAGCCAUGCUCAAUUUCCCUUCCCGUGAGGAUAUUUGUGAGAGGGAAGAGAACUAAAGACAGAUCGGUAUCGCCCGAGAUUCAAAGAGCUAUUCAACAACUAUCAGUGAUGUCUGCUAAAAGGAAGCAGCCUAAGAUGUUAAAGCUUUCAAAAGAGGACUACAUUAAACACACAACUAUCCAUGCUUGCUGGGCUCAAUACCAGAGAGAACUCCGUGAAAAACGUAAGAUCCAGUUAACGCAACAGUAUCAGAGCAUAGAAAAGGCGAUGGACCGAUUAUCUGAACUAAGCCCUGCACUCUACAAAUCUGCUGCCAAUCCAAAAAGUGGGCAAACUUUUCCUUUAGAAUUGAGAGUUCCAACUCAGUAUCCUCCAAACACAGUAUGGCACUACAGUUUUAAGAAAGACUCCUAG